CAUGCUUAAAGCUGUCGUUGAUGUUCACUCAGUCAGCACAUCUCCUUUGGAUAGAAAUUUAAACAAGGAGCUCGGCCAAACGUGGAAAAAGUCAGGUGUAAGCAUCAUCGAUUUCUCCAAACAUGAAAAACAAACUAAGGAUGGCCCCACAGUACCAGAUGAACGCUUCCCUGAAGUCAGAGAUACGGAAGUUAAACGUGGUCCACUUUCUCAUCUGGCUGCUGGUGGCCGCGCAAGUGACCGUCAGCCACUUCAACAUUGUGUCACAGGACACUGUGUCCAUGCCGUACCAGUGGGAGUACCCCUAUCUGCUCAGCAUCUUCCCUCUGCUCUUCAGCAGCCUGUCCCUCCCAAAGAACAACAUCAGCUACCUGGUCCUGUCAAUGAUCAGUGCAGGGCUGUUCUCUUUUGCACCUCUUAUAUAUGGUAGCAUGGAGAUGUUUCCUGUAGCAAAGCAGCUCUUCCGUCAAGGAAAAGCCUUCCGCUUCAUUUUUGGCUGCUCUGCAGUGACUGCUGCGUACAUCGUUAUAGUGGUUGCUGCUCAAGUGCACGGCUGGCAGUUGUACUACAUGAAAAAACUGCUGGAUUCAUGGUUUGAUGCUACUCAGGAGAAGAAGAACAAAUAAUGGAGGGGUUUUUUUUUAAAGCUGUGAAUGGACAAAACUUGUGUUUUUCAUUUUAUUUUAUUUUAUACAUGAGUUAUGUCUCCUUAGUCUUCAUGAUUAUGUAAUAUGAUUAAUCCUGCAUCCCUGAUUUUCAUUUAAAGCUAAUGAUUGUUCAUUUCAAUAAACUUAUUUAUUUAAAGCAGCAGAUUGAUUUCUUGCAAACACAGUUAGGCUGGGAUUGGGAUCCAAAGCACCAGCGAUAAAAAUGGAGUCCAGUCACUGUGACUUCAGCCCUUCUCCAAUCAAAGAAAAAAAGAAUAAUGUUGGUGUCUCUCUCAAAAAAGUCUUCCUAUGAUUUAAAGAAAAUGUGAAGUUCAUACUUAAAGUAUUAAAGCAAUUAUUCAUACACACACACACUUACAAACUGUUAAACAAUAUGCUUUGCCAUGUGUUUAUUUGUUCAGUAUGUUAAGUCUACCUCUUAUGAUAUUUUCUUGUUUGGUUUUUGUAAUGGGCACGUUCACAGUAUCUGCAUGCACUGCUGUGUUUAAGAUAUUCUGUUGCAGCACGAAAACACCAGCUUCGCUUUACUGCAGGCUCUGUGCGUGCUUAGCUAUCCGGUGUUCAAAAUGUAAAUAAAUAAACGCUGCUCAACA